ACUGCAGUAUUUGUCUGUCGGCCUUUGUCGCAAUAAAUGAAAACGGGUCUACAAACCCACGAAAUAUGUAAAAAAAAAAUAUUACGUUGAAUGUGUGGAAAAAUCACAUCUCGAUAAAAGAGGCUUCCACAAAUAAAAUAUUACAUUGAAAUGGUACCUGUGUAACAAAGGAUUACAAUUAUGGCAUUCACCAAAGCAGCAAAUUCAUUAAAAAGCAGAAAAAGUGCAACGCAUGAAUACGUAAAUGAAGCGUAUCAACCAUUUCCGGAAGAAGAUGAAGACGAAGGUUAUAAGAUUUCCGGAAGUGACGAAAACGAUGACGUCAGCAGUGUUGAUACAGAGAGUACAGCAUCAAACAACGAUAGCGCUUAUCAGACAAUCUUAAAAGCGUCGAACGACAGUGCUCCGGUAGAGCGACAGAAACGAAAAUCAACUAAAAAGAAGUUAAGGUCUUCUAACAAGUGGGACGUGUUUCGAGAAACGUCUGAGGAUAAUGUUUCCUCCUCCGAGCUUGACUUUUGGAAUACCGUUUUCAAAGUGACUAAAGUUAUUUUUGCAAUAAUUUUGUUUAUACUUGUGCUUGGCACCGCUGUGAUAUCUAAAAGUACUCUCUUUAUUUUAACAUCAAACAUUUUCCCGCCAAAUUCAUUUCGGAAUACCUCGUUGAAGACGUCACAUUUUCACUUCCGGUACCAAACGUCAGAAACUGCCGUAACCUACAUAUGGUCGCUCGUGUUGGUCGUGAUAGCCCCCUACUUUUUUACCAUGGUCGGUAAAGUUUGGAAGCUUAUCUUCAAAAAGACAAGACCGCUAGAGUUUAAACCACUCCUAGUUGCUCUGCUUGUAGAAACAAUCCACAGCGUUGGGCUGAGUCUAUUUAUAUUUGUGCUCUUACCAAACAUGGAUCCUGUGGCAGGGGCAUUAUUCUGUUUGAAUGUUGCCAUUUUACCCACUCUGCUCAACCUCGUGUAUUCAGGUGUAAAUGUCGAGGUUUAUGAGGAAACAUCCACGGAGCGGUUGAUAAGAAGAGUGUUGACAUUUGGCGGUUUAGGUUCGAGCCUUGUAUCCUUGGCGUUUUGGACAUAUUAUGUGUAUAAAUCGGAUUCUGACUGGCAGAAAGACAAACCGGGACUUACUAUCUUUGCUGUACUCUCUCCAAUAUUUGUGUCUGUUUAUUGGUGGGAAAACUUUGUUCCGCAGGGCGACCUAACUGCGACUGGUCUUAGGAAACUCAAACGCCAGCUUAGCAGCAGACGGACCAAAAUUUCUACAAUUGUCAACUUAUGGAAAAUAGUAAUCACAAUAUGUAUGGUUGUGGUCAUCUUCGGAGUCGAUUGCACAGACGGUAUCACUUGCCUGCAGACGAUAUUUGACGUCACGAGCAAUUCGACGUUGUCGUCUGCUUCAUUUGGCCACACGAAUCUCGUGAUCAAUGUGAUUGUUGGCACGUGCUCCAAGUAUUUACCUCUGUUCAUAGCAGCAGUGAAUAUUGUGGCCAGUUUCUUUUGUUACAGGUGCUGUGUAUCUGCAAACAAAAUUUUGGCGCAAAUUCCAAGCUUUUCUGUGCCACUGAUCCUGUCUACCCCAGUCACCCUCGCCUUCAUGAUUGGAGAGUAUUCUCAAACGGAACUAAAGAUGACAGACACAUGCUUCCUCCCAUUUCCGAGGUGGUCUGGUGAUGUCGAAUUUGAUUGGUCAAUCAUAAUCGGGAGCAUUCUGGGAUAUGUAGCUAUUGUCAUGGUAUCCAGCUAUAUCUGGAGGCAGACGAAAGAAAGAAUGCAACGGGAAGACAGAAUGUUCGUACAGCCUAUGUAUUGUGGAAUAUUGUUGGACCAGUCGAUGAUCCUUAACAGAAGAAAAUAUGAAGAUGACACAAAAGGACUUGAUGAGAAGGAAAAACCUGUUGAACUACCAAUACCUGAUAAUCUAGAUGAAUGGCAGCCUGGGAACGAAGAAUGGAGUCCGCUAAGAAACGUUGACACACCAUUUAUAUAUUUGUGCGCAACAAUGUGGCAUGAAACAGAAAAUGAAAUGACGCAGAUAUUAAAGUCAUUGUUCAGAAUGGAUGAAGACCAGUGUGCAAGACGAAACCUGCAGUUGUUUUUUGGUAUAAGAGACCCUGAUUACUACGAAUUUGAAGCGCAUAUAUUUUUCGACGAUGCCUUUGAUUACAAUGGAGACGAGGCCACGGCCAACGGAUAUGUAAAACAACUUAUACGAACAAUAGACGUGGCUAUUAGUUCUGUACACGCGUUUGGAAUGAAAAUCCCACCGCCGACGAAGAUUGACACACCCUAUGGAGGGCGCCUGAUCUGGAGGCUCCCCGGGGGAAAUAAAAUGAUCGCCCAUCUAAAGGACAAAGCCAAAAUACGCCACAGGAAACGUUGGAGUCAGGUGAUGUACAUGUAUUAUUUUCUUGCACACAAACUUCUCUCUUUGGGAGGCGGUAAAGAACGCAUAAAGACAAUUGCUGAUAACACGUUUGUUCUUGCUCUGGACGGUGAUGUUGACUUCCAGCCUGCAGCAUUGAAGUUACUCGUCGAUAGAAUGAAAAGAAAUCCGAAUGUUGGUGCCGCGUGCGGUAGAAUUCAUCCAAUCGGAUCAGGUCCUAUGGUUUGGUAUCAGAAGUUCGAGUACGCAGUCAGCCAUUGGCUCCAGAAGGCAACAGAACAUACGAUUGGAUGUGUACUCUGCAGCCCUGGGUGUUUCAGUCUGUUCCGAGGGUCAUCCCUGAUGGACGACAAUGUGAUGAGGAGAUACACCACCCCUCCAACUGAGGCCCGGCAUUAUGUUCAAUAUGAUCAAGGAGAAGAUAGAUGGUUGUGCACACUGCUGUUGCAACAAGGAUAUCGGGUUGAAUAUUGCGCCGCAUCGGACGCUCUCACUUAUGCUCCGGAAGGUUUCUACGAGUUUUACAACCAGAGAAGACGCUGGACGCCAUCAACUAUGGCUAACAUACUCGAUCUUCUUCUAGACUUUAAGAAUGUCACCAAACGCAACAACGAUAUCUCCAUGUUGUACAUCAUGUACCAGAUGUUACUCAUGGUCUCUUCUAUACUGACACCGGGAACAAUAUUCCUGAUGAUACUUGGAGCCCUAAAUAUGGCGUACCCAACAUUAUCUUUAUACUGGGCUUUGGUGAUCAAUCUACUUCCGGUCGGCAUCUUCAUUUUGCUGUGUUACCUUGCAAAGGGAGAUACGCAGUUAGCAUAUGCGGCAGUGUUGUCCACAGUCUACUCGUUAGUGAUGAUGCUGGUGAUUGUUGGUUUAUUGAAGCAGGCGGCUGAUAACGGAUUUUGUUCCGUCACCACGGUGUUUCUAUGCUUCGUUGCCGGAGUAUUUGUUCUGGCAGCUUUUAUACAUCCGCAGGAGUUUUGGUGUAUCCUUCAUGGGUUCCUGUAUUUUCUUGCUAUUCCUUCGAUGUCGAUGUUACUGAUGCUGUAUUCGAUAGGAAAUCUACAUGUUGUUUCCUGGGGAACAAGGGAAACCCCAAAACCUGCUACAGCUCCCAAACCUGGCGAAAUCAAGAAGCAGCCGGAGAAAAGGGGAGCUGUCCAGGAGUGGCUAGAGAAAUUAGGUCUCGCAGAAAAAGCUGGAAAAUCGGAUUAUAUGUUUUCAUUUGGAAACCUUUGCAGGUGUGUCUGCUGUCCUACUGAGACCAAAGAUACGGAAGAUAUCAAACUGAGAGCCAUUCUAGACCGUUUAGAUGAAUUAGAGGCUAGAAUAGUAGACCAGUCUGAAAGUCAUAUAUCGGCGGAAGCGGAAUCAGAACGUCACGUGCACUUUUCGGAAGCCUCGGACUUGUUCGAAGGAACAAGAGAAAGGAUCAACCCUCUAUUUCAAGAGGAGUCCACCUCUAAUAAGCCUCCGCCUCGACAUUGGAUCCACGACCAGGAUCUGAAGGAGGGAGCAAUAGAAAAUAUACGAGACGAGGAAACCGUGUUUUGGGAAGAGUUAAUCAAGACAUAUUUAUACCCAUUGGAAGGAGACAAGAAAGAGCGGGAGAAAACACAAGCAGAGCUUCUUGAACUAAGGAAUACAGUCUGCCUGUUUUUCUUGCUUGUGAACGCUUUAUUCGUGGUUAUAGUGUUCAGCCUUCAACAAGUGAAUGCAGAUUCGGGUGGGUCUAUCUCCAUAGAGCUACCAUGUGCUGAUGGAAAUUUUGGUGAAGCCAUUGAGCCAAUCAGCAUGGCUUUUACAGCCGUGUUUGGGCUUCUACUGGUAAUUCAGCUGUUUUGUAUGGCACUUCACAGAAUGUCAACAUUCCUGCAGAUUUGUUCCAUCACAGAGAUAAAACUGAGUAGACCCAAACAACUACAGCCUGAAGAACGGGAACUCAGCGUAGAAAAGGGUCUACAGCUUGUUCGAGAUAUGCAGGGUAUAAAAGACGACGAUACAAAAUCAGUUGUGUCAGACGAUAUCAGCAUUUCUGAAAAGUCUUCUGACUCCGGCUAUACAGAUAGUGUCGGAACACUAGAAGGACAGAAAAAGAGAGACUUAUGGGGGAAGAUUGCCCGUCGGCGUCGGGAACAACAGUUUGGAACGUUAAGUCAGAACUUUGUCAAGAACUUCAAAAAGUUGCAAAAACACAUGGAGGACAACGAAAUGGGAUCGACGAUGAACGUCAGUAGAGGCGUGGGUAAUGGCGGUCUUGGUGUUGUGACAGAAGGAGAUGAAGAGAACAAUGAAGUUGAAAUGAGAAAUGUUAAAAGAAAAUUCAACCGAUUUGAAAGGAAGAGUAUCUUUACAAUCGUCCAAAUGUCACGUGAUCCAAGAUUGAAACAGUCGAUUCUACAACGUGGUAACGUUGUUACAAGCCGUUGGAAGCGUGCUGCUUUGAAAGCCAAACUGAGGUCUGCGGCAGAACAAGUAACCAAGAACAGCACGGAUAAAGAGGUUCCCGACGGCAGACCAAGAAGUAAAGUUACAAUGCUGGAUAUAGCAAGGCUUGCCGUUGCCGACAGAGACAGCAACGUUCCGUCGGAGGCUGAGUCAGAGGAUGAAGUAGUUGACCAAAGAAGCAGACUGUGAUUUUUGCCUAUUUAUAGAACAUUAUCUGUAAUAUAUCUGUUUUGAAAAAUUUAUAUUACCCGACAGUACAAGUCGUUUAUCACAUUUAAACCCGAUGUUUAUCUUCCGACUGAAUGUAGUUCGUGGAAUCAGUAGGAAACUUGAUUAUAUUUUAAAAUCAUCACCUUCAGCCUUUUAUCAAAAUGAAAUCAAAGUUACAGUGUAUCAAUGGUCUAAACUAAAUGUGGACUCUCAUCAGGGUUUGACGAAAUUUUGCAUAUUUUCAGUCAGGAUGAUCAAAUUUAACCUUAAGUUAUCGAGCUUAAUUUUGAGAAAUUUAGAUAUGCACAAACAUGUGUCAAAUCAAACGUCCAGAUUUUAUAUUGUUAUUGUAAUUGUUAUAUAAUUCUAUGACUAGUUUUACUAUUAUAUAUUUGUAAUUUACUUUGUGAUGAAAACACAAACUACGAUAUGGAGUUUUCUCAUACAGGUUUGAUAUGCCUUUGCUUAGAGAUUUUUUAAUCAACAUGAAUACAUGUACUAUUAAAAUAACACAACAAUAUUUAACUUCCUUUAGGUAUCAUUUCUAAUUCUGUUUAUUUUUUGUAUAAUGCUUAAAGUGUUACUUGGAAAUCGCAUGGUGUUCGAAGAAAUACUUGAGUUUUUCCGUGGUCAAAUGCACCGGGAUUUUUUUUUUAAAUGUAAGUUUGUUUAUAAAAACCUGGUUUUUUUAAAUAUAAAUAACCUUUGUAAUUGUAAUUUGACUAAUUUUGAAGGCUUAGUUUUGCUUCUGUCCAGAAGCAGUUUGUUAGAAGAUUUAUUUAGCAUGUGUUAUAACUUUCCUUGUUUUGUUAAAUAAGGUAAAAUUCUAUCUAAAACAACUUCUUUUGUAUUUUUGAUUUUAUUAAACAACACAAAUGAAAGUGUUUUUGCUAUUGAUGGUAGUGCGCUUGUAGUAGAAAAUCGUCUUAUUAGAAAGAACGCUUCCUGUCACAAAUGAGUUUAAUUGUUUUUAAUAGUUUGAUCCUAGACUAAGAGUUGAUUUACCCCAUAGCUUGUUAAAGGUGCAAUUGUCCUUGUCUUUGAAGUUUAUACUAAUAGUUUUCAAAAUUUGGUCACAGGCACAGUCUUUCAGUUGCGUUUAUGUUGAACAAUAACAUGCAGACCGUUAACUAGCGUUUACAAGAAAAGAACAUUGCUGCCCAUAUAUGCUGGAAUCACUUUGCUUCGUCCGCCUGUCUGUUCAAGAUAUAAUUAGAUAACUGAUUUUACUACACGGAUGGAACGUUUAAUGUAAACUAACAGAAUAAUAGAUGGCAAUACGAGGCGACCAUAAUCCUUAUCAUGCUGGACAAGAUUGUUUUUUCCUUUGCAACCAGUGCAGAUCAUGAUCAGCCUGCACAUCUGUGUAGUCUGACCAUGACAUGCACUGUUUGCCAUUCAAUCAGUAUCGUUUUAGUAAGCACCCCUUUUAACAGUUAAUGUUACUAUCCAAAUUGAAAGAUGAACAAGUUCAUUAAAGAAAUUUAGCAGGGAAGGGAUUAACCAUAUCGUAAGUGUUGUAGAAAUUAUUUCAAUUUUUGUACUUAAAUUUUCACAUUUUUAAACAUCUGAGACACUCAUUGUGAAAUCGGAAGGGAAUCUAAGGGAUUCUUAUACAAUGACAGAUUAUAAAAUGUUUUUUGCUUUUAUUUUCACAUUUUUUAACUUUAAAUACAAAAUUUAUUUUCACUCCAUCAAGAGGAUUUUGAUUUUAUAAGAUACAAUUAUACCAGGCUGAGAGUUAUUAAAUAAGUAUGAUUAAAUCAUCCAGUAUUUAGUGUUUUUCACAGUUAGAAAAUAACGUUCGCUUUGCAAAAGAAAACAUAUAUGUCACAAAGUCAAACAGCCACUGAACGUCACUAUUUUAUCUGUAUUAUAUUGUCCUCGUACUUUGAACACACAAUAUAGAGCUUCAGACUGCAACAGCUCUAACUGUAUAGAAAUGAGUCGUUCCCCACAGAUUUGAAAAGUGCAGUCGUCGCUCCCAUAUAUUUGAAAAGUCUAAAAUCCAAGGCCAAAAAAACUCAGGCCAAUCUCUCCCACCUGCAUUGUUUCAAAAAACAUGGAACACAUUUCGGAGUACUAUGUCACAUUAUGAUAAAGAUGACCUGCUUUGCCAGAACAAGCAUGAUUUUCAACCUAAACAAAAGUUCAAAUUCAACUUAUCAGCUUCACAGAACCUUGAAAGUGGUGAACCAUGCCAUGAAUAUACUACCACUUCAGAUUUCAUACAGUUUGCCGGGUUGUAGUGAUGAAUAUAGCCAGUCUAUCCCUCUGAUCCGUGACAUUCCGUGCAAAGCAUGGUUGCAAAUUAUCUAGAUACAUGUACACUACUGGCUGGUGUACAAAAUAAACACACUACAGCCAAUGUGGUCUCAAUCAAAUCGAGUCUGCAAUAUUCGCUAUUAGCCUUGUCAUCGGUGCUUCCAUCUUUUAACGAUGUUUCAGCAAAUAACUUCUUAUUCACACUAUAGUAUGUUCUUUGAUUUGUAUGCCUCGAAGGUUGGUAUAUUAAAAUAGCGUUGUCCGUCCGUCCGUCCGACCGUAAGUUUGUAAAUUCUUGUCCGGGCUGUAACUCUGCCAUCAAUGAAGGAAUUUUGAAAUAGUUUGGCAUGAACAUUAACCUUAAUGAGACGACGUUUCGUAUGUUAUACUAAGAUCCCUAGCUACAAGGUCAAUUUCACACUUAGAAGUCAAACGUUAAUAGGGUCUGUUUCGUGUCCGGUUUGUAACUUUGCCAUUCAUCAAGAGGUUUUGAAAUUACUUAGCAUACAUGUUUAUCUUAAUGAGACGACGUGUCAUGGGCAAGACCCAGUCCCACUAGCUCCAAGGUCAAGGUCAGUCUUAGAGUUCAAAUGUUAACAGGAUCUGUUUUGUGCCAUUGAUGAAUGGAUUUUGGAAUACCUUAGCAUAAAUGGUAACCAUAAUCAGACAAUAUGCCAUGCGCAAGACCCAGAUCCCUUGCUCAAAGGUCAAGGUCAUACUUAGAAGUCAUAGGUUAAAAGUACAUUCUUCGUGUCCGGUAUAUAACUCUGUUAUCCAUGAAAGAUUUUGAAACAACUUGGCAUAAAUGUUUACCAUAAUGUGGCAAUGUGUUACGCUCAAGACCCAGACCACUAGCUCAAAGAUCAAGUUUACACUUAGAAGUCAAGUCAAAGUUUAAUAGGGUUUGUUUCAUGUCCGGUUCGUAACUCUGUCACUCAUCAAGGAAUUUCGAAAUCAAUGGCAUAAAUAUUCCUCAUAACGAAGAAAUGUGUCAUGCAUACAAAAAGACCACUAGCUCAAUCUGACUAAAGUACUUGAUCUUCUAAACGAAGAUCUGAGAAUGACCUAUUCACAUUCGUCUUCUGUAUAUUUUGGAUUUCCAAUAUUGCUAUUUUUAUUUUUGCAAAUCUAUUUUUAUUUGAACCAAUCAGACGACUUGUUCGAAUGUCAAAGUGUAAGAAAAAUUUGUAGUCAGUCCAGGGCUCGAACCCGUUAUCCCACGACUGAGCUAACCGGCUAUCUGACAUCUUCUGACAUAAGAAUUGUAGAUAUAAAAAAAACAAGCCUUUUUUUAGCUUGCAGAAUAUUGUACGUUAGCUUUUGAUUGGCUAGCGGAACGGUCGUCAGAACGAGGCUAUCAAUAGCUCGUGUUCAGAUCCUAAGCGUAGCGUAAUAGGAGAUGUAUUUUAGUCAGAUUGCCACUAGCUCUAAGGUCAAUAUCAUAUUUAGAGGUUGACAGUUUACAUGGUGUGUUUCUUGUCAAUUUCAUAACUCUUCCAUCGAUUAAGAGAUUUUAAAAUUACAUGGCAUAAACGUCUCUAUAUUGAAAUGACGUGUCUUCUUUUUAUUUUACGUCCCACCCACACACAAAAGGUCAUAUGGCGACUUUCCAGCUUUAAUGGUGGAGGAAGACCCCAGGUGCCCCUCCGUGCAUUAUUUCAUCACGAACGGGCACCUGGGUAAAGCCACCGACCUUCCGUAAGCCGGCUGGAUGGCUUCCUCA